AUCACUUCAGUUCCGACCAGCGACGCGUUCGGACGUGUGUGCGCCGUAUUUGUCUUCGUGCGUGUUUUUGCCCUCUUUCCUCUCCCCUCGUUCGGUGUGUGUUCGGUCUCGUCCGUCGGUCAUUUUUUCACGGAUUUCGAUCGCGCGUGUGUGUGACACUUUUCACGCGUGCAUUUCCGCCGGUGAAAAUGUAGCACUGCCGCACUGUAAUUUUUUUUUUUGUGUGGUCGAAAAUCUGCGCGUUCCGAUUUUUGUGGUCGUGAAAAAGUGUGGAAGGGAAACGAAGCGAAAGGCGCAACGAAGAAGCGAAAGAAGAAAGAUUCGUAAAAAAAACGGGAAGAAAAUUUUGCAUGAGUGAUUCAGUGUGUGCGUGUGAGUGAGCGAGAAGGAAUACACACACGCACACGGGACGGGGUCGGAGUGUGUGCGCGCAGGGCAGAUAGAGAGAGAAGGGGAGUGGAGUGUGCGACGAAGAAAGGAAGAAACAGAAGAAUCAGGCAAAAUGUCAACAUCGGAAAGCCGAGUGGAAUGGGUGGAAAUCAUCGAACCUCGCACCAAGGAGCACAUGUACGCCAACCUGACGACCGGCGAGUGCGUCUGGGAUCCACCGGAGGGUGUCGUCAUCAAGCGGACGGACGCGUCCCAGUGGUGGGAACUGUUCGACACCAACACCUGCCGGUUCUACUACUACAACGUGGCCUCGCAGAAGACGGUCUGGCACCGGCCGCAGAACUGUGAUAUAAUCCCGCUGGCGAAGCUGCAAACCCUGAAGCAGAACACCGACCCGGGCGAGCGAAAGGAUGGCGGAACGUUGCCGCACCAUCACACCAGCACCAGUUCCCGACACCACGGCGGAAGUUCCGGCACGGUGGGCAAAUCCUGCGGCCACCGGACUGCGACGGGCGUCAUGGACUACCGGGAUCGGGACCACCAUCGAAGUUCCAGCUCCGGCCACCGCAGCAGUAGUGGCAGCCACGACAAACGCAGCAACAGCGAUCUGCUGGCGAGUCCCCAGGGACGGCACAGCUUACAGCACAGACUGCCACCCAAAGCUACCGAGGCGGGACUGUUCUCGAUAGGCCGCACCGGCACCGCCGAAUCUCAUAAACUUUGCAGGCACGUCCACCCCCCGGGGAACAACGUCGUGACGCCGACCGCGUUGACAGGUUCCUCGACCGGAACCGGAACGUCAUCCCGCAGCAGUCACCGGUAUCUGGACUCGGGUAAGUCCAGCGACAGCAGUUUGUCCAGUGCCCACGGGUUCCACCAUCGGCGCAUGCCGGACGGUGGAAGUUUGCGGAUCGGCACCGGAACUCACGGGAAGAAGCACUCCGGUGGCGGAGCGGAGAACUGCUAUCGGAUGCUGCAGGAGAGUUCGAGCUCGCACAACAUUCCACACUCGGUUCCGUCGUCGUCCACGGAGAAGCUGGUCGCUGGGCUGGUGCACCACUCGCCGCUGCCUCCGCCCCACCAGAUGCUAUCCUACUCGAUGUCCAACUCGUCGGAUCUGGCGGCGGGCGCCGGCGGUAAUCUGUCCUCUCCGUCGCACUCGAUGAGCACGCCCCAGUUCAAGAAGAAGUUCAUGCACGACGGCAGCAGCGGUCUCGGCUCCAAGUCGGGUAGCUCCGUCGGACUCAAGGACGGUGGACUGGUGUCAAAGCACGAAAGCUUUGAUUACUCCGGAAAUCCUUCCUCUCAGAUCUCACUGACCCGCUCGGGUAGCUUCCUGUCGUCGGCCGGCAUCACUUCGGCGGGACCGAUGGCCGGAACGCCCGUUUCCGGACGGCCAUAUCACCAUCACCAGUCCGGAAGUGGAGGAGGUGGCGGCGGCCUGCCACCCCAGCAGCAUGGUUCCUCAUCCCAUCGGAAGGGUAGCUUCGACGGGAACAACGGUGGCGCGGCCAGCGACGAUUCGAUGCACGAAAAGUACUUCAAGUCCGUGGAGAACACGCCAAUCAGCCGGAGGCGUCACACGACCACUUCCUCGUCCAAAGCGUCCUCCGUGCCACCACCCCAACAGAAGCACUCGAGCGACUCUAGUCCCCAGAGUCCGAUUAGUCCGCAACAGCAGCAGCAGCAGAAAAUCCAGCGGCCAUCGGCCCUCGCCGUGGAGCUGUCUCCCGGCGGCGCAGUCGGAUACAACAAAUCUAGUCACAAAAGUAACGAUUCCGAACUGUUCAACCUGGACCUUACCAGCAAGCCGGAAAAGUACUUGGAUAAGAUGAAGAUCGACCGGGGCAAGGUUUCGCCCAGCUCAAUCUCCAUGGGGGGAAAUUCCGCGACCGGCCAAAGUCUCCAGAAGCAAUCCUCCUCCAGCGGAAAGCUCUCUUCUAGUCAAACCGAGAUGGCAGCACAAAAGAUGGCGGCGGCGGCGGCUGCAGCCAGCAGCAAGGACCAGUUCUCGCUAAACAAACCAAACCUGGAACGGCACAACCAGCAAAAGCAGCAGCAGCAAACGCUGGAGAAGAAAUCCGGCUCCGGAUCGACCCACACGGUCGCGUCCAACAACUCGUCUUCGCACAAGCAACAGUCACUGCAGCAACAGCACGAUAAGAAAAAGAGCCGGAACAACCACAACAAUCAGGGGACCGGGUUCGACUUCGACUACGACAACGGGAACACGUCCCCGCUUUACUGCAACUGGGAUAAGGAAAAGCUCGAGCACCUGCUCCCGCUGCAGCACUACAUCCUGGAGCAGGCCAAACUGUCCGGCUGCUACGGCGGCUUUGGGGACGCGUUCCGCGACUCGGACUCGUUCCACUCGGACAGCCAGUCGGAGCACUCGUUCUCGGGCCACGAGCCGGACAACGAGGACUCGGACCACUCGGACGGACACGGGGACUACCUGUCGCACUACCCGUACGAGGAGUACGGCGUGUUCCGGAAGGACAUGGACGGGGGCGGGGUGUCGUACUACAACUUUGACUUUAACUUUGGCGACCGCGAGGAAAAGGAGGACAUUUCGGAGGAGGUAACGGCCAAGCUGGAGAGUAUUCAGGACCAGAUCUACAGUCCGGUCAAGAAUCAUCCGCCGCUGCACAAGUACUCGCCGUUUCACGCGGCCAAACAGAGUUUGGAGAGUUCCGGGUUUGGGUCGGAUUCGGUAGAUCGGGGUGCGUCGGCGGACAGUAGCCAGGCGAGUUCCGGGCAGCCGCAGCAGCAGAAGCCAUCGGCUGUCAACAAGGCCACCCUGUUGCAGCGGUUCCAGGAGAACCUGAUGGCGCACAGUCCGGGAAGUAUGGGGGUUGUGGGUGGGAACGGGAAGAUUGCCGAGAUGGCUCUGCUGAAGGAGUGUGAUAUUGAGAAGUUUGCACAGGACAACCUGAACCUGCAUUCGAAGGGUAUCUUCCGGAAGAAGUCGUCCAUCCAGGAUAUGUUGAGUUGGACGCCGAACGCCAUCAGUCGACCGAUGCUUUCGCUGGCGAGAGACAAGGCCGGUAAGAAGAUGGCCACGGAGUUGUUCAAGCUGGUUCAGAUCUACAUGGGUGAUCGGAAGGCCCGGGUCGGGAUGAGUUUGAACUCGGUGGCCAUCGAUAUCAUUACGAUGGCCAUGGGACAGGCUCAGUUACGGGACGAGCUGUACAUUCAGAUGUGUCGCCAGACGACGGAGAAUCCCAGUCGAGACUCGUUGAUUCGCGGCUGGGAACUGAUGGCCAUUUGUUUGUCGUUCGUGCCACCGUCUCCGACAUUCCAGCCGGCCCUGCUCGGGUAUAUUAACCGACACCGUGAUCCGUCGUUCGCGACCAGCUUCCCGGAGGUGGGCAAGUGGCCGAUUCACGUGCAAAUUUCGCACUACGCCACGAUCGCGUGCCGACGGCUGGACCGGAUCGGCAGUUCCGGCCGGAAACAGGCCAAGAAGCCGGGCGAGGACGACAUCAACCAGGCGCGGGAACAAAUCUUCCGCGACAGCAUGUUCGGCAACACGCUGAACGAGGUGAUGGUCCUACAAAAGGACAAGUUCCCCGACCGGCAGCUGCCCUGGAUCCAAACUACGCUUUCGGAGCAGGUUCUCCUGCUGAACGGAAAACAAACCGAGGGAAUCUUCCGCGUGCCAGCCGAUGUCGACGAGGUCAACCUGCUGAAGAACCGGAUAGAUCGGUGGGAGUUUCCGGAAAAUAAGGGAACCAUGGAUGCUCACGCCCCUGCCAGUUUGCUGAAGCUGUGGUACCGAGAGCUGUACGAUCCGCUAAUCCCGGACGAACUGUACGACGAUUGCGUGGCCACCGAGGACCCGGCGGAGGCCGCCGCCAUCGUGGAAAAGUUACCAAAGAUAAACCGUUUGGUCCUAACCUAUCUCGUGCACUUCCUGCAGCAGUUUUCGCUGCCGGACGUGGUCGCCAACACCAAGAUGGACUCGUCCAACCUGGCGAUGGUGUUUGCGCCGAACCUGCUGCGCUGCCAGUCCCAGGACCCGAAGGUGAUCCUCGAGAACGCCCGCAAGGAGAUGACGUUCAUGAGGACGCUGAUUCAGCACAUGGACACCGCCAGUGUGGCGCACAUGGUUUGAUUUGGUUUGACCCGUGCCAGAAUUUUGUUUUUUGUUUGUUUUCGUUUUUUUUGUGUUCCAGAUGUCAUUUUAACCAAGUGUACAUUUUUGUAAUGUAUUUUCUGACAGUCGAGAUAAACGUGUUUAUUUUACCAAACUGAGGGGGCACUAAUUCCAUAGCUAGCUCACUGUUGGCAGAUGUCGAACUCUCCACCAAACUGAACGAAUUUAUUCAUCGAUCUCACUAGGAAAAUACUCUACUUUUGAAAAAGGAAAGCUAUUUUCUUUUAGUCUGCAGAGAAUGCACAAGAUUUCAUGUUUUUUCAACAUUUUUUUUAUAUCGACUACCGAUUCGACAUCUAUUCUAAGUCGUUUGACAAUAGCAAGGUGUGGAAUUGGUAACCUUUCGCAAGACAAGUUUUUCAAGAAAGGAUUUCAGUUUAAGUUACCCCUUGAAAAUGCAAUAUACAAUACUGCUUUUCCCCCUUUAAUUGAUCAAAAUCAAACCCCGAAUCGAUUUCUCUUCUCGUGCAAUUAGACAAAACAAAAGAAGAACCAGAAAUAACACACAUUACUACUAUUAAAAAGAAAACUUAAUUAAAGGCAACAAACCACAAAUAAGGCGAAACCAUCGCGAGAUAGACUAACUUUAACCAAAAGAAACAACAAAACAAAUCAGAACCCCGUAGGAGCUGCAUAAAAUUCAUUCCUGUGAAACUAAAAUCAAAUAUAAAAGCCCGCUUCUUUUUGACGAAAAACAACUCUAUCAGACAAGAGGAGCUUUCCUAAUCUCUCUGCCUGCAGCGAAUAUUAUCAAAUAAAAAACGAAUAUUACUCUCAAUAGCCUGAAACCCGAAUUCUUCAAACUUUCCCGGUUGAUUUCAGUUGAAACUUUCUCCAUUCCCUGUACCGAAUCCAGUUUUAUCCUGAUUGAUUUGUUGUAGUUUCUGUUUUACCCAACCCUAGUUAUAGUCAUCGUUGUAUAAAGGUUAUUUAAUUCAAACAAAAGAGAGAAACACGUUUUUUUUUUUCAGAAAACCACGUGAACGAGAGAGGAAACCAUACCAAAAUUGAGUUAGCAUAAAUCUAGUUUGUUUAUUACUAUUUUAAUUCGAAUUCGCGCGAUAAGAAGCGCGACAAAUAAUUCCUAACAAACAAGGCAAACUUCUACUACUUAACUAAACUCUACACAACGCUACUACGGUCACGCAUCGAUCGGUCUCGAAACAAUAGAAGAGGGGUACGAAUCUCCGGCUCCUGAAACACUCUUCCCCCAUCUUUACUCUAUUGAUGUGGCCGCAAAACAAUAAUGUUUUCCCCCCAGGAAACAGUUGGUUUCUAUUGUGAUGAAGGGGUGGGACAAGCUUACACUCAAACUGCAACUGUUUAGCGAAAAUGAGAAACAAACAAAACAAAAUCAUAUAUAUUUGACAAGAUUAACAAUCAACUGCAACAGCAAAAAAAAAAAAAGUUAAAAAAGUGACACGCGAGAGUAGUGUGAGUUUUGGGGGUCGUCGACAACCAGUUAUUAUCAUUACAGAAAAUUUCGCUUAGAAAGUUUUGCCGACUCGAUCGCAUCAAGUGGGAGAGAAUAAUGAAGAAAUAAAAAAAAAAAGCAAGAUUCGAGUCAACAGCAGCAGCAGCAGCGCAGCAACAAUAAAACAAUAUUUAAACAUUAGCAAUGAGAGAACAAAGAUAUGUGGGAGGAGGCGUAAAUUAUUAUUAUAAUCUGAGAUAAUAUAAAUUAUAUGAGAAUGCAAA